AUGGCUGCUAUUCCACCAACUGAUAAAAUGAAUUUUCGUACACAACUUGUUGAUGGGAAACCUCAAAUAUUUUUUGAACCAAUCGAUAAUUCGUCAACAAGAGCAAAAUCAAAACGAAAUAGUCGAGCAAUAAAUACGAUAAAUCGUCAGUCAGAACAAAAAAAUAAAAUAAAUAAUCAAAAAUAUCCAGCUGAAUAUGAAACAAAAAGACAACCAAAUAGAACUGAGCAGUCAACAAAUCAAAAACAAGUUAAUGAGGACAAUUCGAAAUUAGGAGUCUAUAUGACUAUGGAUGAAAUAGCUGAUCUUGUCAAUGCUGUCAAAGAGAAUGCUAAAAGUGAUAUCAAUACUAAUCAUGAACCAAGAGCUCCAUCCCCACCACGACAACAAUAUCAUGAACCAAAAGUUCCACCGGUUGUUCCUAAUUUAGAUUUAGCAUUAGACCAACCUCCAGCUCCACCACUACCACCACCACCACCGAAAAUUUCAGCUCAAGAUGAAGCAGCAUUAGACAAAAAACGUCAAAAAUGGAUGCGAGAGAAAGCGGAAAUUGAACGAAUGAAACUCGAAAUUGAAUAUGAUCAGCUAAAACAUCAAUUAUCUCCUCGUUAUAAAAAGGAUUCAAUAUCUUCUCAACGAUCAACAUUUCAAUAUGAUUUUCCACCACCAAAUAAGCAAGUACCUACUAUCACUAAUGUACCAAUUAUACCACCACCACUUCCACAAUCGUCAAAACAAAAUGGUCAUCAAUAUGAUAUGUCAACGAGAAAUAAUGAUGAAUCAAGUCAAGAUACAUAUAAAACACGAUUAAUGGAAAAAAAACAAGUACAAUGGAAACAAGAAAAUGCGGAAAAAAAUCAACUAUGGGAUCCAUUUGGACGUUCAGGUGCUGGUGCUCCUAAAAUCAACGAAAAUCCACCACGAACCUCUCAACCACCACCACUACCACCACAAACGAAUGCAACUUUACCAUAUCGUGCACCACCAGUUUCUCAACCGCAACCAUACGAUAAUUCUUCAUCUUCUAUUCUUCCUAGUGAUAGAACACGUGUGCCAGCUGCUAUGCGAACAAAUAUAGCAUUUGGUAAUAGUCGUCAUCAAGAUGAUGUUGAUAAUGUAAAAGAAAUAGAACGUCGUCAAUGGUUAAAUGAUUUACAUAAACAAAUUGAAGAUAAUAAACGUAAAAAAUAUGGUCAACAAGAAACCGAACGUCGACAAGAUUUUUUACGUGAGAAUGUUAAUCCACUCGUUCAAGAAGCUGCUAAUCGACAUCAACAAUCAUCAGAUACAUCAAAUCAUAUAGGUCGAGAUUCAAAUAAAUUUAAUCAAAAUAAUACAUCAGAAAAGCAAACAUAUGCAGGUUCAUUAUUAAAUCAAAAUACAGGUGGAAAUAUUUUUGGUUCAGAUUAUGAUACAUCACAUUUAAAUGUUGGUAGUAAUCAACAACAAGCUUAUAGACAAAUAGAUGCACGUCGAGAUGAAGCGGUAAAUACAGUUGAUGCAACUUUUCGAAGUGAUCAUGGUAUUCAAACAGAUCUUCGAAUACCACCAAAUCGACGAAUGCCCAAUGGUUAUGAUGAUUCAGAUUUACCUCCUCAAGCUUCUAAUCAUAAUCGUAAUAAAAAACCCACUCGUGUGAAUUCUGUUGAUGAUAAUCGACAAACACCAGGAUCAAAUUCAAAUAAUGUUGGUAGAAAAUCUCAAAUGAAUGGUAAUCGUCCAAAUUCUGAUGUAAUUGAUACUCAACAACGUCCAAUAUGGAAUUACAAUAAAGAGAAACGUGGUGAAUAUGUUCCAAAUUCAAAACGUGAUCCAAAUUAUGAAACACGACAACGUCUUAAACAACUUCAAUUGGGAAAUUAUGAUUGUGUUGAUGAUGUACAAAAGAAAACAUGUUAUAAUCGUUGGAAUAGUGAUGGUGACAUUCAACAAAACAAACAAGGUCAAAUGAAUCGUACACGUUCAACAGUACCGAAAACAACAAGUUAUGGCAAUCAUAAAGAUGAAAGUAUUAUGAAUUUACUUAAAGGACAAAAUAAACAACAAUCACAACAACAAGAAGCUUAUGGAACAAAAUAUCCAUCAUCAAAUCACACAAAAACAGAUGAUGACUAUACUUCAAAUCGUGUUUCAUCAUUAGAUAGAUAUGAUAAUUAUGCACCAUAUACACAAUCAGAUGAUGUAAAUGAAUCAAAUAAAAUUUAUUCACAACCCAUAGAAACAACAUCUCAGAAACAAAUAUCUGAACCUACUACAAAUGGUAAUUAUCAACAACGAGAAUGGGAUAAUACAAAUCGACAAUAUCCUGUUGCACAAACACCACAAUACAGUGCACCUACAACAAAACAAGAACAUAUCUUACAACAAUUAUCAACGAUCAAAGAGAAUCUAAUUCGUCGACAACGAGAACUUGCUUCACCAUUAAAUGUUGCUCCAGUUUAA